AUGGUCAUGGGAACUGGAACAAAUGAAACAGCAAAGUACUUGCUAGGUAGUACUAUACCAUUGAGCAAUGAUCAGCACUUGACUUGUUCAAGUGACAGUGAAGGCCAAUUGAAUAUCAACAAUUUGCCGGAUGAGAUUUUGAUUCAAAUACUUUCUCAGCUUGACCCAGUAGUGUUGAACAAUUUACGACUAGUAUGCAAGAAGUGGAACCAUGUAAUUAAUGAUAAGGAAACGUGGAUGAAGCUGUUUCAAACCCGGUUUGGUAUUCUACCUACUUCUUCUUCGUUCCCCAGUGUUACUAAUGGCACAAAUUGGAUGAAUGAGUAUUUCACAAGGUUGGAAAUAAUGAGGACUUGGAAAAGGGGCACCUCAGUUCACCAAGUCUACCAGCUUUUAAGCAAUGAGCACAAGUUUAAUGAUGAGACCAUGUGCGAUUUUAAAAUGAAGAAAAUCUGCAUAUUUGAUAAACGGCUGGGGAAUAUAUGUUCAGGGAACUUGAUUAAUGGUAGAAAUCAAAGCUUUAUACCUGGAGGAUACGAUAUGGACGUUUUAUGCUACAGUAUGAACUGGAAUUAUUUAGUAUUGGGAAAGAGCAAUGGAGAUAUUGUAUUGAAAAACUUGGCAACUAGCACCACUUCAUAUAGCCACAGAGUCAGCUUGAUCAAGUUCCAGGUAAGUAGCGAAGGAGACACUACUGAGGGGUUUGAGUUGAGCCCUAUUUUAUCCAUCUUGAUUAACGAUUUUGUGGAUAAAACUGGCGCACAUACUGAUGUUAUAAGUGGGUCAUAUAAUGGUACAUUGCAAGCUUGGAAUAUACACGGCAAGAAGAAAAACGAGGCUAAAUUAGACGGAACGAUUCUUAAUAUAAAGUCAGACUUUAGCAAGUACAUUGUAGUAAACACGGUGUACCUGGUGUAUGUUUUGGAUUUUCACACCUUGGCCGUUAUUAAUAGAGUUGAGAUUGGUUUCAGUAUUAUUAAUGACGAAGAGGAGGAAAGGGAGCAUUUAGUCAACUUGAAAAACGAGUUAGAUGUUGAUUUUGCGGGGAGAAACAUUAUACUUUCGCACAAGUCUACGGUUCAGGUGUUUAGAUUUGAAGGAUCUGGAACAAAAACAUUGAAGUUGAGUAACGGCGUUAGGAUUGUAUGCUCGCAAUUUCAAGAGUGUUUGAGAAACAAAUUGAUUUACUCAAACAAUUUUAACAUCAUUGGUCACGAUGGAUUGUUAUAUGGGCAUUUAUUAAGUGAUAGUAGUAUCAUUGUGUGGAAUGUCCGGGACCAUACUGGAUUUUCAUCGAUUACUCCGCAGAUGAGAAUAUAUCCUGAAAUGAAUUAUAGGAAGAUACUGGCUAGUAUAGACAAUGUUAUCAUGCGUAACGAUUUGAUGUCUGUUACGUCGUUUGCGUUGAACGGAUGCGUUCUUGCUGUUUCUGGGUAUAAUGGAGUAACAAAUAUCUACGAUGUAUUCACUGGUAAAUUAAUAAGAGAAGCUGGGGUUAAAUUUCCUAAACGGUUUUCCCAUUUCCACAAUACGUUACAAAAGACCGAUUUCAUCAAAUUGAACCCAAAUCAACUAGAAUCCAAUGGAGUUAUUGUCUGUGGCGACACUGUUCAAUAUUUCCAAUUUGGAGAUCUCGUUGAACAAAGGCAGCUGAAGAAUUUGACUGUUGGCAAGAAACCGAAACAUUUGAAUUUGGGCACCCAUAGUAAAAAUGAGUCCAAAAAGAAAAUACGAGAUGGCAUUGAUGAAUAUAAUCGCCAGAUUUAUAAAGAGUGCAAAACUGAUGAGUUAUUUGACAAAUACAACGGCACCAGUUUUGAUAAUGAAGAAGAAGAAAUGAGGGUAGCUCUUGCAAUGAGCGAAAGCGAGAAUUUGCAGAGUAAUAAAAGUAGUAGCAUCCAAUUUGAGACUAAUAAUGAUGGUGAUGUUGAUGAUUUGGAUGAGAAUUUACAAAUUGCAUUACAAUUAUCAAAAAUUGAAGCAAACGAAAAUGAGAUUAAUUGCGAGAGACAAAAGGAGCCAUCUUCAUUAGAUGAUGAAGAUUUGAGGGCAGCAAUAGAACGAUCAUUAAUUGAACAUUGA